AUGGGAUUUGUACCAAAAAAUAAAAGAGUUGUUAAAAUUAAACAUGUUAAAUUAAGUGAUGCAACAACAGAUGAACAACAACAUAAAAAGAAUACAACAUCAUUAUCAAAUAUUACAUCAGAGGUUAUUGCAAUUACAUCAAAAGAAGAUAGUUCAUUAUUUAUUUAUGAUUUAAGAAAUGGUAAUUUAAUAGCAACAUUUAAUAAUACAAAUAAUGAUACCAAUGGAUUUUGUACUAUUGGUAGUGAAUAUUUUGCAACUAGUCAAGCUAAUAAAGCAAUGAUUAAUAUUUACAAUUGGAAAAAGGAUCAACCAAUUUACAAGACCCCAAUUCAAGAGAAAUCAGGCCCAAUCUGUUGUUCAUCCGAUGGUAAUUAUCUAGUGAUGGGUAGUGCAAGUGGUAUGGUUUAUUUAUGGGAGGUUUCAACCGGUACCCUCUUGAGAAUGUGGGAGGCCCAUUAUAACAAGAUCUCAUGUAUCACAUUCACCAAAGAUGACUUUUACAUUAUAACGGCUGGUGACGAUGGUAUAAUCAAUUGUUGGAGUUUUGAACAAUGUUUAGAUAGAGACGUCAGUUUAUUACGUGCACGUAAUUCAUUCUCUGACCAUUCUUUAGGUAUCACCUCCAUCGUUUGCUCAUUCGGUGGUUGUAACAGUCGUUUAUUCUCAGUAUCUUUAGAUAGAACUUGUAAAAUUUGGGACCUUGUAACUGGUCGUUGUAUAAAUUCAAUUAUUUUCCCAACUUAUUUAACUUCAGUUUGUUUAGACUCAACUGAAACAACUUGUUAUGUUGGUGGUGGUGAUGGUAUAAUCUAUCAAACUGAUUUAAUUCAAUUAAAUCCACAAUCAAUUCAAUUAUUAAAUAUAAAUAAUAAUAAUAAUAAUAAUAAUAAUCAAAAUAAAAAUAAUAAAAAUAAUUCAUUGGCUGCACAAUCAUUUACAAAUGAAAAUGAAGUUGGAAAUAAGAGAAAAACAUUUAAUGGUCAUACUAAAGCAAUUACAUCAAUUUCAUUAUCAAUGGAUGGUAGUUUAUUAAUUUCAGGUUCAAUCGAUGGUAAUUGUAAUAUAUGGGAUACUUUCUCUCGUCAAAUAGUUAGAUCAAUUGCAAAUACAAUCAAAGGUAGUAUCUCCUCAUUAAGUGUAUUGAUGAAUCCAAUCGAUUCUUUAAAUUUCAAUGUUAAUGGUACUGCUGAAAAUAAUAAAAAAGCCUCUGAUCCAAUAGCUCCAUUUGAAAAAUACUCUUCAAAUAAUAUUGAACGUACAAGUGUACCAAUUAAAUUAAAGCAAAUCGAUGAUAAUGGAAAUAUUAAAAUUACAGUUUCAAAUUUACAAUCUAGAAUUGAAAAUACAAUAGUUUCAAAUGAACAAAUUACAAAUCAUACAAAUUUAGAAAAUAAUAAUAAAAUUAUAGAAUUAAAUAAAACUAUUCAAGAAUAUGAAAAAGAAAUUUUACAAUUUAAAAAACAAAUUCAAAAUUUACAAGAUAAUAAUAAUACACUUAAAUUAACUAAUGAUCAAUUAUCAAAACAAUUCGUUUUAUAUAAACAACAACAACAACAACCACAACAAUCACAACAACAAAAAUCAAAACCAGCUAAAAAACCAGCAAAAGAAAUUGAAGAAAAACCUGUUGUUGCUACUCAAGAAACAGUUUCAAAUAAAAAACAAAAAACAAAGAAAUAA